AUGCCUCUGAUCCGAAAAGCGCGCCGAUUCUUUGAUCGCAUCUCAAAUGGCAAAGCUCUCAGUCGUCGAUCGAGAGAAUGCGUAGGGACGUCCAUAGGAUACCAUGCAAUUGUAGAGGCUUUUCAUAAUAACCUGGUGACAGCUUACCACGACGUAGAGAUACAACGACGUGGCUUUGUCGGGAAGCUAUCAAAGCUAAACGAAGGAUCGCCAAUGUACAUGUCGGCACUACAUCUAUGUUAUAGUGAAGAAACGUGGGAAGGUCUUCAUGCACUGGUUAAGACUUCGCUCAGCCAGAAAAACCAAGCUAGAUGUAGAGUGCACCAUGGUACAGUCCUCGAAUGUCUAGAGCGAUUGCGGGGAAAUGGAAUCGACCCAUCGUCCAUACCUGUGAAUGACAGAGGCGAGAUUACUGACCAUUUCGAAGAUAGUCAGAGAUUGGAAAAACAACGGUGUUUGGAGCGGUUGAAAUAUCCUAUUCGUAGCACGAUUGGUGUUCCAUUUUGCGAGGAUGUUUUGCUGGGCAAGGGGACCCCAUUUCAGAUCCACACCGGCAACAGGAAGCUUCGAAAGAUCGUCGUGGAUCGGCACAAGGAGUACGAAAAGGCAAAAAAAGGAAGAAAGAAGGUUAUCGCGCAAGAGUGCGUUGACGCCAUUAGGAGCAACGGAGGCCUAUUUUUAAAGCAGGAUGGCAACAAGUGGUUUGUAGUGGACAUCGAGGUUGCCAUCAAGAAAGUUGGUGCACUUUUUCGAUCACUUCGGCUAAGGAAAGCUGAUGGACCAAAGUAA